GUGGGGCGACUACACAAAGAGUUACCAUCCAAAAUGUUGAACUGUUUAUCGAGAUAUCGAUGUUUUAACAAAUAAUCUGUGGAAAAAAAUGGCAUGUACAGGUAACGCGACUGGGAAUCUCGGCAUAAAUGUGAAGACUGCUAUCUCUGAGGAACACCGACGUAUCUGGGUAGGAAAUCUGGACGCACGCAUCACCGAGUUUCAACUUCUCAAACUAAUGCAAAAAUGCGGUGCCAUUGAAAAGUUUGACAUGUUAUUUCAUAAGGGCGGUCCAAUGGUCGGCCAGUCGCGUGGAUAUGCCUUUGUCACAUUUACACAAAAUGAGGGUGCCACUAACGCAAUUAUAAAACUGGACGGAACUAAUGUGGGCAAUCGUUGUAUAGCUGUGCGUCUUGCUAAGAACAUAAAAUAUGAUGAUCUUCAAAGGCCCAAACCUCGCAUAGAGAUACCUGCACUGGGCAGAGUCAAGCGUGAAGAGAAGAUAAGCAAAGCAGAUGCCAUUCGCGCUAUUGAGGCCAAACUUAAAACUUUAGAGCGACAGACGGAUAAUAAUUUGGAAUUAAACACCAUCGGACGUGAUCAAAACGUGCCCUUUAUCCAUCGCUAUCAAUUUAACAAGAGCCGUGAAGCUCUACAGCGUACAGGACCACACGGCAAAUACAAUAAAACUAAGUCAUCCGCACCAUAUCAACGUCAGCUUGUCAAACGACGCUGACAUAGACCUAAUAUCUCAAAAACCACUUUUGAAUUAAUUAAACAUUAGAUUGGCUCGCUCUUAAAAAAAAAAAC